GAAAAAUUGUAUAUUUCAUUAUAGCAAUCUAGCCAAGUUUAUAGAAUUGUUAGAUUGGUUCACUUCUACAUAAGUUAAGGAUUCGUGUCUGUUUAAUUCUACGUUAUCUGCGCGCUGGCUACUGCGGUUUAUCAAGGUGUUUUGAUGGUCCACUUAAUCAGGUGUAUGAACAACAUUUUUAUCUGUGGUAUUACAACAGGCAAUUAUUUCUGUUUAAGUGGGAUUUGGUUGGCAAAGUUGAUAAUUCAAGUCAACCUAUUCUAACUAUGACAGUGUACGAACUAAUGCGCCUUACGGAAAUCGCAAGAACUGCCAAAUCUACCUCAGGGAGCCACAACGGAAAUCGCAAAUACAAGAACAACGGUGUUUUAAAAAUAAUUCCCGCUGUCAACAGCACAUACUGUUCAGCUUUAACCGCAGAACGACUGGUACCACAGUGAAUUAGUAGAAAAGUAUUAUUAACAAUGGCAACUAAACAAAUUGCUCUUUUAAGCGUCUCUGACAAGACAGGAUUGGUAGAACUAGGUAAAAAUCUAACAGCACUUGGAUAUCAUUUAGUAGCUAGUGGUGGUACAGCAACACUAUUGCGAAACUCUCAAUUAGCUGUGGAGGAUGUUUCCACUGUAACAGGUGCACCUGAAAUGUUAGGAGGACGUGUAAAAACCUUACACCCCGCUGUACACGCUGGCAUACUAGCACGUACCACUGAAACCGAUCUUGCAGACAUACAAAAACAAAAUUAUUCUCUAGUCAGUUUGGUUGUUUGCAAUUUGUAUCCUUUUGUUAAUACGGUGUCAAAACCCGAUGUGUCCGUGGAAGAUGCAGUCGAGAAUAUUGAUAUUGGUGGUGUGACAUUAUUACGUGCUGCUGCUAAAAAUCAUGCACGCGUUACGGUGAUAUGUGAUGCUAACGAUUAUGGAAAAGUUGUGGAUGAAUUAAAACAACACGGCGAUACCACAUUAGAAACAAGAAAAAUGUUGGCACUCAAAGCUUUCACUCAUACGGCUACAUAUGAUGAUGCCAUAUCUGAUUAUUUCCGCAAGCAGUAUUCGCCCAGUGUAUCUCAGCUUAAUUUACGUUACGGCAUGAAUCCACAUCAAAAACCAGCACAGCUAUAUACACAAUUAGAGAAAUUGCCACUACAAGUGCUAAAUGCAUCCCCUGGUUUUAUCAAUCUUUGUGAUGCACUUAACGGUUGGCAAUUGGUACGCGAAUUAAAGCGUGCACUCCAACUACCGGCAGCCACUAGCUUUAAGCACGUAUCACCAGCAGGUGCUGCUGUCGGCGUUCCACUGAGCAGAGAGCAGGCUAAACUUUGCAUGGUCGAUGAUAUAUAUGAUGAUUUGACACCUUUAGCCACUGCCUAUGCACGUGCACGUGGUGCGGAUCGUAUGUCUUCAUUUGGUGACUUUGUGGCUUUAUCAGAUGUGUGUGACGUUAUAACGGCUAGAAUUAUAGCACGUGAAGUAUCCGAUGGUAUAAUUGCGCCAGGUUAUUUACCUGAAGCUUUUGAAAUUUUAAAAAAGAAAAAGAAUGGCGCUUACUGUAUUUUACAGAUGGAUGCUGAUUAUGAGCCCAGUGCAAUUGAACGUAAAACAAUUUUUGGUUUGACUUUGGAACAAAAACGUAAUGAUGCUGUUAUCGAUGCAACACUGUUUGCAAAUGUUGUUACCAAAAACAAUAAAUUAUCAACAAAUGCUAUACGCGAUUUAAUUGUUGCUACAAUUGCACUUAAAUUCACACAAAGUAAUUCUGUUUGUUAUGCGCGUGAUGGUCAAGUUAUUGGCAUUGGUGCUGGUCAGCAAUCACGUAUACAUUGUACACGUUUGGCUGGCGAAAAAGCAGAUAACUGGUGGUUGCGUCAACAUCCUAGAGUAGCAGGUAUGAAAUUUAAAACUGGCGUGAAACGUGCAGAAAUCUCGAAUGCUAUUGAUAACUAUGUAAAUGGUACAGUUGGCAAGGAUAUGCCGAUUACACAAUUCGAAGCUAUGUUCGAUGUUGUACCAGCACCUUUAACAAAUGAAGAAAAAUUAGAAUGGUUGAAAAAAUUAGAUGGUGUUGCUUUGGGUUCAGAUGCAUUCUUUCCUUUCAGAGACAAUAUUGAUCGCGCUAGAUUGAGUGGUGUUUCAUAUAUUGCCAGUCCUUCUGGAUCUACAAAUGAUGCUGGCGUAAUUGCGGCUUGUGAUGAACAUGGCAUUAUAAUGGCACACACUAAUUUACGCUUAUUCCAUCAUUAAUGAUCCAAAUUAAUGUUUGCUAAAUUUUUCAAUUAAGCAUAAAAAAAUGACAAAUAACUUGAAUUAGAUUUAAUUUUAAUAGAUUUAGAACUUUGAAAACAUUUGCAUUUUAUAGUAAUUGUUAAUAGAAGCAUUGUGAAAAUAGAGUUUAUAAAACAAUACACUUAUAUUAAGCUAAAUUAAAUUUGGUGAACUAAAAAUAAUUGAAUAUAUCUUAAACUAUUUAAUUGGAAA